UAUGGAUUAUUUUGUGGUAUUAGUAAUUUAUUGACUGAAUCAUCAUGCUUUCGUAUCGUGUAAACAACUUUUUGCGCCAUUCGUACGCUCGUGCAAUCCCCAAUUGUCGUAGUUUUGCAUCAGCAAACGUUGAAACAGAUCCGAUACCAGAAAGAGAUCCGGCACCAUAUUUCUUUAAUAGACAGGUUCAGGCGUAUCUAAAAAAUCUGACGACAGUAGAUUACGCAAAAAUCUUCCGAAGUCGCAAAGAUGGACACAAACUCAAAACAUCAGAAUAUAAAUUUUUAACAGACGAGCAGGUUGAGGAAGCUAAAGAAGCAGCAAAGUAUAAAGCCAAGAAAUAUCUGCAAAUGCCACCAGUGGUGAAGCAAAGAUUAGAUCCAUCUGUGCCGCUAUGCGAAGACCCUGCAUUAAAGAACCACGAUACUGCUAAAUAUGUGUUUACCGAUAUCACAUUUGGUCUCAAAGACAGAGAAAGAUUUGUAGUGAUUAGAGAACCCGAGGGUACAUUGAGGCAUGCCACUUGGCAAGAGCGAGAUAGGGUUGUACAAAUCUAUUUUCCAAAACCAUCUAGGGAGGUAGAAAAACCAAAAAUGUUUGAAGAUGAAUAUUUGAAAAGCUUAUUAGAUCGCAAAGAAUAUAUAUUCAUAUUAGAUCGAGCGUGCGUGCAAUUUGAGCCGGACGAUCCGGAUUAUCAAGCAGUCACGCGAGAAGUCUACGAGCAUAUAAACAGAGAGAAACAUUUUGACAUUUUGAGGUCUACGCGUCAUUUCGGGCCGAUGGUAUUUCAUCUAGUAUGGACGAAAAACGUCGAUAAUUUAUUAUGCGAGAUGAUCGAGACUGGUCGGAUUAAACACGCCGCGAUGCUGAUAAGUCUCUUUCAUAUAAUUUAUCCCAUGAUGAAAUCAGCAGUUGAUCAGUGCAAAGUCAGGGAUAAUGUAGAAUUUAUCAUGCAUUAUGCACGCCUGGACUCGCCGAGAAAAAGCACGAUCGAGAAGCUCUUGCAAUCGUAUAAAGAAUUGCAACAGGAACAUCAAAUCGUGGAGGAGAGUAUUAAACAGGCGCACGGUAUUGCUUCAGAAACUGACAAAGUGUAAAUAUAAAUCAAUAAAUCUAGUAUUCUAUAUCAU